AAUAUGCUGCUGUUGAUCUACGCUGGACAAUGUGAUGGGUAGAAAAUUCUACUCCGUCCCUCAAACCAACUUUGGAAUCUCUCUCUCUAGAAAAAAACGAGAAGCACCGCCAGCUUUUUCGAUUCCUUCACCUUCUCUCUCUCUCUCAUCUCUCUCUCUCUCUCUCGCUUUGAGCUAUAAACAGAGAGUUUCCAAAUACCAGCACAGCUGAAUCUAAACCAUUUCCCCAUCUGGAAUCUCACCAAAUGGCCGAAACAGCCGUAGAAGUCCCAGCAACCGUCACCGAAAAAGAGGCACCGCUACCGCCAGCAGCGGCCGAGCCGGAAUUGGAACCCCAGCCGGUCGUGACGGUGGAAGUAGUGGAACCGGAGAAAACGAAGCUGGUCGAGCCGACAAAGAAAUUGGCCCCCGAAUCUCUAGUCUCGUUCAAGGAAGAGAGCAACAGGCUCUCAGAUCUCUCCGAUUUCCAGAGAGACGCGCUCGACGAGCUCAGGGCGCUUGUCCGCGACGCCCUGAACAAACGCGAGUUCACCCAUGCAGCGAAAGCAGAAGAACAACCGAAAGAGCCGCCGCCAGCGGCUGCGCAAGAAGGGCCGGCUGGGACAACUGAAACCACUCCUGCAGAUCCUGCUGUGCCUCAACCGGAAACCGAAACCCUAGUUACUGAACUGGAAAUCGUCAAGGAAUUAGCAUCAGUCUACGAAACCAAAUCCGAAGAAAAGCCGGCGGUGGAAUCAGCAGCAGCUGCUGAGGGUUCUAGUUUGGCUGACGAGGUUUCGAUUUGGGGCGUACCGCUCCUCAAGGACGACCGGAGCGACGUGAUCCUUCUAAAGUUUCUCAGAGCAAGAGAUUUCAAGGCCAGGGACGCGUUCGCGAUGCUGAAAAACACGAUCUGCUGGAGGAGGGAGUUCAAAAUCGACGACCUACUCGGAGAAGAACUCGGAGACGACCUCGAUAAGGUGGUGUUCAUGCACGGGCUCGACAAGGACGGGCACCCGGUGUGUUACAACGUGUACGGGGAGUUUCAGAACAAGGACUUGUACCAGAAGACGUUCGGGGACGAGGAGAGGAGGACGAGGUUCCUGAGGUGGAGGAUUCAGUUCCUCGAGAGGACUAUAAGGAAGCUUGAUUUCACUCCUGGUGGUAUUUCUACUGUUUUUCAGGUUAGUGAUCUGAAGAACUCGCCCGGGCCGGGGAAGAGGGAGCUGAGACUUGCUACGAAGCAGGCUCUGCAGAUUCUUCAGGACAAUUACCCGGAAUUCGUUGCCAAACAGGUGUUUAUCAAUGUUCCUUGGUGGUAUCUGGCUUUCUACACAAUGAUCAGCCCGUUCCUGACCCAAAGGACUAAAAGCAAAUUUGUAUUUGCUGGACCAGCGAGAACUGCAGAAACUCUUUUCAAAUACAUUCCGCCAGAGCAAGUACCGAUCCAGUAUGGCGGCCUAAGCGUGGAUUUGUGUGAUUGUAACCCUGACUUCGGCAUGGAUGACCCAGCCACAGAGAUUACUGUUAAACCUCUAACGAAGCAAACUGUGGAGAUCCAAGUAUUAGAGAAAUGCGUUAUUGUUUGGGAGCUACGGGUGGUGGAUUGGGAAGUGAGCUACAGUGCAGAAUUCGUGCCUAAUGCUGAAGGUGCGUAUAUAAUGGUCAUACAGAAGCCAAAGAAGAUGAGUCCAACCAAUGAACCAGUGGUGUCUAACAGCUUCAAAGUCACUGAGCUUGGUAAGAUAGUGCUUGUUAUUGACAACCCUACUUCAAAAAGGAAGAAGUUUGUGUACAGGUUCAAGGUCAAACCUUUGUCUGAUUGAGGACCUUGAGCCAUCGGAGUUACUCUGGAUUUUACUUCCAAUGGAGCAUCGUGAAUACUGACAUCCCCGGUAUUUAUCUUGUGAUAUGGCUUGAUGCUGUACAUUGGCCUGUUGUGUUAGGAGGCUGGUAAAUGAAUUUUACUUGGGCUGAAAUUUCUAUAGUUUUUUUUUGAUAUUUAUACCUUCAAUCCCCUUGUUCUUGAGUCAGUUACGUUCUUACUUUGGUUGGAGUGUAAAGCUCAUGGCAGUUACAUUGUGGUUUUAUUUUGGUGUGGGUUUGUGAGGCUUGGUCAAAUAUGUAGUGAAGGGUUAAUGAGGGAUGAAUCUGAGGGCAGUAUAUCUGCUUGUUCAGAAAUGUGGCUGUAGAAUCUUUCGUGUACCAUGGCAUUGGGGGCUCUGCUCUGUAUAUUUUCUGCAAUUGGAUUGCUUUUGAACACAUUUGUACUGUAAUAGACGUAUGCCGACAUUACUGUUUUAUGUUUUGAUUCUCA